AUGCUUUUCACUAUACUCAUAUUGACUGCUGCUGUCGUAGCUAAUCAGGCAGCUACAACUAAGAGCACGCCACUCUGCGGAAGAUGCCUUCCACGCACUGUGACUCUUGUACCAGCUAAUGGGACGGGUACGAUAACACCAGUGCUCAGGGUGUUAACGAAUGAUAGCCGCGGAUGCCGACGAAUGUAUGUAAUAUGCAACACUCCUGCUGGAUACACUAAAUCGAACAUGGUGAUGAAUGAGGAAACUAAUUAUCCAAUAAUUGGUAAGAACGUCAGAGCUCUUGUCACCUGCUUCAAAGCUUCAUGGCAUGCUGAACUGGGUGGCUCUUACAUGUAA